AUGAUCGCUGCGUGGAAAGCGGUAGAGCGGGAAGGAGAAUUGGCCUAUGCCAUCACCGACGCCGACACCUUCACGGCAGCGCAGCAAUCGCCGACCUCGAGCGGCAAAAAGGAGAAGAAGAAGAAGAAGACACAGAAGAAGAGUGGCAAGAAGCUGGUGGCUGGCCCUACAGCAACGUCCACGACAGCAACAGCAACGGCCACCUCUACACCAACGGCCACGGCUGUCUCAGCCACGCCCAGCCAACUCUACGAGACCUGGAUCGGACAUGCCGAAGCUGCCUUCCACCGAGAGCACAUGCUUCCGCGGCUCCGGCUCCCGCAGGGCGAACUACUCGAGAUCGUGGAAAUGGCGAAGCGCGCAGUGGUCGUCCGCGCGUCGUCGCGGGCAGUGGUAGAGCGCUGCCUGCCCAAGCUGACCUACAUAGACCUGAGCUACCGCGACCUAAUCGUCGGUGAAGACGCCACCAACAUCCUUACGACCCACCUGAAGGAGAUCGCGGCCGCCGCCGGAGUGCCAGUCCAAGUGUGGCUCCGUGCUGCGGAUGACGACCGAGUGCGCUACCGCCUCGAAUCGGUGAAGCUGCUCCAGUUCCAGCUGAGCCAGGCCGAGGUGGUCCGCCAGGUCCUGCACGAGCUAACGUACAACUCAGCACGGCCCUCGAUCUGGGCCUUUGUCGGCAAGACCAACGUGGUGGUACUCUUUGAUCAGGACCACGACGGCGAGAGGCGUGAGAAUUUUGAGUAA